AUGGCCGGCGAUAAGAUUCCGACUCUUCAGUCGCUUGAGAAACCAGAGCGGCUUCAGGACAUUUUGCGCCAGGACCGCGGCGAUGACUGCUUGAGCUGCAAAGUUAUAGGGAGUGGUGCAUUUUUCUGUCUUGCGGGCUAUAGCUACUUCUCAGGCAUGUCGCAGCUCGAAAAGCAGCGGGCCGUUAUUCUUCAGAGCAAGUCGAUCUUUGGCAUGAGGAGCCGAAGGGCUGGCAUCGUGACCAUCUCGGCCGCUCUCGCAUGGAUGGGCCUUUGGAGAGCUCUGAAAUGA